AUGUUGUGGAUAUUCAGUGUUCCUUGUUCAUUUUUCAGUAUUUGGAAAUGUUGGGAUCACAAAGUUGGAUUCUCAGUGGAGGGACGUGAAAUGGACAGAAGACUCCAGUCCUUCAACAUCCAGGGCGCCAAGGGCGAGGAGAACACCGGGCUGGUCCUGUGUGAUAUUAUGGGUCUGGGGGAUGGCGAGAUGACCGGGUUGACCCUUCAUGACAUCCUGUCCGUCGUUAAGGGUCACGUGCCAGAGGGGCACAAGUUUAGCCCAGAUAAGCCCGUGACCUCGGAUACAUUUGGCUAUGUGAAGACGCCCAGCCUCAAGGAUAAAAUCCACUGUGUUGCUUUCGUGGUAGACGCCUCUAAGAUCGCAAACUACCCUAAAGGCCUCGGCACCACCUUUAAAAAGCUCAGGGAGCACAUCAGUGAGCUAGGUGUUCAUCAGGUGGCUCUGCUGACCCACGUUGACGUCAUUUGUCCAGAAACGGCCAAAGAUAUGUCUCAGGUGUACAAGAGCCGAGGCAUUCAAGAUACAAUGAGAAAAGCCGCGGCUCUGCUGGGCAUGUCCCCCUCCUACAUCGUCCCAGUGAAGAACUACGCCGCAGAGCUGGACGUGGAUGUGGACACAGACGUGCUGCUGCUGAGUGCCGUGGACCACAUCCUGCAGUACGCCGACCUGUUUUUCAAAGACCUUAAACCACGACUCACAGUCCCAAAGUUUCACUGAAGUUUGAGAUACCAGAUCUCGACCUGUGUGUCGGUGUUGCCGGUUUAAAAGAGAAGCUUUACUUCGUUUGGGGGAGUGUGUGCCAUUUUUUUUAUUUUAUACUACACCCAGAUAAUUCAGAAACGUUGCUCUUUCAUCUGGUUAACUGAGCUUGUUGUUUUAUGCCAUGAAAUCCAGACUUAGGGUUAUUUUAGGUUAAUGGUUUGGUUUAUGCUUUAGAUUCGAAUUUUUAAAUGUUAAAGCCUUAAUGUUUGUGAAGUCCAAAGAAAGAAUUUUGAUUCACACAAAUAAACAGUCAUUUGGAUCCGU